AUGUUGGCGCCACCGCAACCACGGCUGACGAGCCCUUCACUAAAACAAACUUCGACGUCGCGCCCACCUAAUAUUACAGAAAGGGCUACUUUCCUCGAUCUGCCUGGGGAAUUGCGCAACUACGUGUACCGCUUGGCGUUGCGUCGCCGCGGUCCCAUCACGAUAGUGUGUAGCAGCUCGAGCACUCUACCCUCGAAGCGAGUCAACUCAAAGCAAUCUGACCCGAAGCCAGUCGAACCGAAUUCUCAGCAACACGACCUUCGCAAAGGUGGCCCAGCCCUCCUCUACGUCAGCAAAGAAAUCCGCAGAGAAGCUUCCGAGAUCUACUACCUCGAGAACACCUUCCUCUUUACCAAUGCCGUCCUCCAACUCCGCUCAAUCGAAGCCUUCCACGACCAACUCGGCCGUCUCCUCAAGAAGUUCAACCACGUCCAAGUCUGCCGCUCCAUCCAAAUCGGCGACAUGCGCCGUCCAGUCGAAAUCAGUUUCAGCGUAACACUCGACCUCCAGAACCGUCGCGUGGCUCUCAAGCGAAAACCCUACGAUCGACAAGUCUUCAUGCCAGGAAUGGCCAGGCUGAAAUCCAAGUACGUUGAGCCCUGUCGCUGCGAAGUCGACAAAUUGGCCAAGAGGGUCGGCACGCCGAGAAGAAUGAACGGUCAGGACAUCAUCACGUUUCUCGAAGCUUAUUCGGAGUUGAUUAAUAUGGAGGCUGUGAACGUCAUGUUGGAUAUCUGCAAGAAGUGUGAUACGAUUUGCCGCGCCUAG